GCCGUCGAUCUUAGAAUCACCGCACACACCUUCACUCAUUUGGGCAGUCACGGGGCCAAAACCAGAGUGUGGAGCCACAGUGUGGCGGUGGAUUUGGCAGCAGCAAUGGGAGGCCAUACAGCACCCUAUGACAAAAUGGAAACCCACCAGCAGUGUGAGGAGACCUGAAAGUGGCACAUGGCAGAGUGUGGCGAUGGAGACAGCAGCAAUGGGAGGGCCGUACAGGGACUCCAUGACACACUCUGGACCUGGCAGCAGCAUGAGGAGGCGGUACAGGGGCCCAUGACAGAUUACGGGCCUGGCAGCAGCAUGAGGAGUCGGUACGGGGGCCCAUGGCAGAUUACGGGCCUGGCAGCAGCCAUGAGGAGGCGGUACAGGGGCCCAUGGCAGAGUCUCCCCCCAGCAGCACGCGUGGGGAGACGACUAUCAGAGUCCAAUGGCAGAGUGGCGGAGCAGAAGCAGCUUCAAUUGAAAGGCCUUACACAGGCCUAGGUUAAAAGCGGAAGCCGUCAGCAGCGUGAGCAGACGACAGAGACACAU